AUGGCCACUGUUUCGACCGCAGGCGUGGAUUUUCGCGAUCUGCUGCGCUCCGGCCAGUUCUCGGAUCUGACCGUCGUCUGCCGGGGCACCGAGUUCAAGCUGCACAAGGUCAUCGCGUGCCUGCAGUCGCCCGUCUUUCUCGCUGCUGUGAACAGCGACUUUAAGGAGGGCCGCACCGGCGUGAUAAAAAUAGAUCAGUUCGAUGCCGAGACUGUGCGACGCCUGGUCGAGUUUCUCUACACGGGAGACUAUGACCGCAUGCCUCAGGAGCCUCAGCCGGUGCAGGAGAAGACUCAAGGCACCGUGCUUCAUGUGCGUGUCAAUGCCAUCGCGGAUUACUACGGCGUCAAGGCCCUCGGCCACCUCGCCAGCCAAAAAAUCCAGCAGGCGUUCCGGGACAAGUGGGAUCCCAAGGCCUUCAUGAUCACCGCCAAGGAGGCCCUCAGCGCCACUGGCGACAAGACGCUGCACGACUCCAUGGCGCGCAUCGCAGCCCAAAACAUGACGGACCUGGUCGGAUGCCCCGAGUUGACCGACCUCGUUGGCGACUUUGCUGCCCAAGUCCUGCGUCACCAAGGCCAGAAGCAGGCUGAGCUCGUUGCCAAGCGCCAGUACGCCGAGGCUGGAACUGCUCGCGUCAUGGAGAAGUUUGGCAAGAUCAUUGCGGAAAUCAACAAGAGGGAGUACUGCCGGAACGUUACUUGUGCAGAGGCCUCUUUUGGCUGCAACAUCGAGCAGGUUGAUAGCCCUAUCGGCGAGCCCACCUACAUCCUCCGCUGUUCCUACUGUCGAUGUAGGCACUACAUAGCCACCUCAUCUGAGCAGAUGGAAGAUGGGUAUGGCCUCGUCAUGCUCAAGCUAUGA